AUGGCCGACCCGAACUCACAACCCGCCUCCAGCACCCCAAGCUCCUCAUCCUCGCCGAAGAAGAUCGCCUUCCAGACAGACACGACGGGGAGCUACUGGACCGACGUCAAGGAGGCCGUCACGAAGAUCGGGGAGAUACCCUGCGCGCGAAGCAGCCUCUUGAGCGGGAUCGCGAGCGGCGCGGGCGUAGGCGUCAUCCGCGGACUCAGUGCAGGUCCGUUCGUAGCGUCGAAUUGGGCGGUGGGGACGUUCAUGGCGGUCACGCUCGGUACAUGGACGAUCUGUAGGAGGUCGAGGGACGAGGAGCGGAGGCGGAUCCAGCAGGUCGUCGAGCAGAUUCCGAGGCGAUUCGCGAAGCAGCAACAGGAGACGUCAUCGUCCAAUGAGCAGAGCAAGUAA